GCAACCAUAACUAAAAUAUUAAAUAACCAUGUGGCCAUGUGGGCAUGUGGGAUUUGAUACUUGUCGGUUCGUCAAUUUGAGUCUUAAAUUUAUCUCAAAUCACAAUUCAGUAUUCACAGUAAUUGCACAAAAUGAAUUCUCAAAUCGCAACGUUAAAGGCCGAUGAAGCAGUUAACUGGUUUCAGAAACGUUUGAAAAAUGCUGUUAGUUAUGGACUUUCUUCUGAAGAAUGCAAUACAUUUGAAAUUUUUAUUACAUCAACUUUAGCUGAUGUUGACAUAAAAAAGCAGACAAUCAAUAUAGUACUUCCUACAUUUUUUGAAAACUUAAUAUCGAGGAAAGUCAAUAAAUCUACUAUAGAUGCACAAGCAACUAUAAUAAGAUUGUUUAUUAAAUACUAUGGAGGAACAUGCAAUCAAUUCAAGAAUGCAUUGGAUAAAUUUACAACUAAAGCACUAAGCGAAUGUUUUAACGAUGAUAAUAUUGUUUUAAAAGUGACAAAAUAUCUUGCUUUAUAUCCUCAAUGUGGUGGUCGUGGACAACAAGGUAUUCAUCAUGCUGAAGCUUGGACUAGUCAAUUUAAUGAUUAUUUAUACUCUGCCAAUUAUUUUUUGAACCAACUAUAUACUAAUGUUAAUUUCUUCUUUGGAACGGAUGUGACUGAUAAAUAUGAAGGAAAAUUUGAUUUGUCAAUUUUUAAACUAUCUGAACUUGGGCAAAUGACUCCUAAAGAACGUUAUGAAAAGUUGACAUCAUUAUUUAUAUUUUUCAAUACAGCAAUUCAAUCAAUGUUGUUGUCCAUGUUUUCUACUGUCAAACAUCUUGAUCCUAACAAAGUUAUUCAAUUUGCUCAAGAUACUUUAUCAGUUACUUCAGAAAAACUUAAAGAUACAAUGAUUACGGAAGAUGUAAUUGCAUUGGAUUCUGUUUUAUGGAAAUUACACUCUUCUGCCAUCAAAACUAUUUCAGCUCUCAUUAAAUGUUGUGGAAGGGUUUUAAUACCUCAAGGAAUAUCAAUUUGUCGUAUUUUAUUACAAUCCUUAAACAUGACACAUUUUAAUUCAUCAAAUGCACAAUAUGGUACAACUAGAUCUAAAUUGCAACAGCGUGUGCUUACAUAUCAAGUUAUAUGCUCGUGGCUAGCUGUAGCUGGGUCCCAGAGUUCACUCCAAUUGUUCAGUGAAAGCCUUACCUCUGGUAUUUUAUUUGAUAUCAAAUUUGAUAAACCAUCUCUAAAUUUAGUUGUUGACAAACAAACAGGUAACAAAAAAAGAAAGAGUGGUGCUCUAAAUCAAAAAAUUAUAAAUCAACGUGAUACAAUUGUUAUGCAUGAUUAUCUUGCGAAUAAAUCUGUGUGUAAUGAAGCCCAUAAAACACUUCAAUUAUUUUUAAAUACCUUGUCUUCAAAUUUGAAAAUUCUACAAUUCAAAAUUUUUCAAAGUACAAUUAUGGGAUUGCUAUUAGAAAUUAUUAAGUGUCAACGCCCAAAUGAUUAUCCUCUACCGUACUAUGACGAUUUAUGUCGACUUAACUUGUACAAAUCAUUAUUAGCUUUGAUUAUAUCACCACAUCCACAAGCUAUUACACAUACAUCUGUAGCAUUACGUGUUUUUACUUUUGGUACAACUGAUCGUAAUGAAAAAGUAAAAGAAGUUUGCAGAUCAUCAUUAAGCAAACUUGAACAUAUUAUCCGCCCACGUAACGAUACUCUAUUUUUCCCCCUUGAAAAUGAUAUAGAAAUUCCACCAUGUGCUCAAAGUACUAUACCAGAAAACAAAACUCAUUUUUUGCAAGAAAUAGUUGAAGAAUCUACUGUACCCGUUCAAGUAAAAGAAUUAAAAAAUGUUAAUACUGAAAAUAUUCAGCCAAAUGGAACUCCACCAUCUACUCAAAGCAUAUCAGAGAACAAAACACAAAUAAUUAAUAAAAUAGUUGAAGACUCUACUAUACCCAUUAAAUCAAGAGAAGUUAAAAUUAUUAAUACUGAGAAUGUCCAACCAAAUACAAUUCCAAAAUCUGUCCAAACCACUAUCCCAGAAAACAAAACUAAUGUUUUCAAUAAAAUCGUUAAAGAUUCAACUUUACCCAUUAAAGUAAAAGAAUUAAACAACGGGAAUACCGAAAAUGUUCAGCCAAAUACUGUAAUAGAGUCUAUGGAUGCUGAUAAUAGUAUGGAUUCAAGCACUGUUGACGAAUCAUUAAUAAACAAUGAUUUGGAGGAUGAAAAUUAUACAGAUAUGCUGAACGAUUUUAUAGACAGUGAUUAACAAUGUAAACAUAACUUUUAUAAGACUCAAAAUAAAUUUAAAUAUUUUAUAAUUGGCAUUUGAAAAUACAAUAUCAUACCUUAAAUACAAAUAUACAUGUUAUACCUACAUAACGAACAAGCACAAACAUUGCUUUUUGGCGGUUUUCAUUAUCUCGUUCUAUUUGACAUUUAAUAUUUUAAAGUUUUAUUUUAUUUUUAUUUGUAUAUCAGUAAUAAAAAUAUUUAGUUAAAUUAAACAUUUUGUUAAAUGGAAGUUUCACUGUAUUUCAAAUUAAUAAUAUAAAUGUAUUCUUGAUAAUCUUGGCCCUUUCAGUAAUCAACCAAGAUUAAAAAAUCACCAUCAGCUAAUUCAAUUUAUCUUCCAAUAGUAUUUACUAUUUUUGUAAUUUCUAACCAAAAUACAUUUAUUGGUGAUAUA